CGGGCUGGUCCCCGCCUCUCAUUGUCAGGAGCCCGAGCCCGAGCCGGAGCCAGCGGGCCGCCUGCCGCUGCGGAGGGCGCCGCGCGGCUCCAGCAGGAGCCCCCGGGCGGCGAGAGGCGGGACCCGGCUGCCUGGCAGGAGGCUCCGUCCCCGGGACUCGGGCUAAAAUUGUCUCUGUCAAAGAAGCUGCAGGAUUCAAGGAGAAACUGACAUGUUUAAAAUCACUCCUUUGAUCCAAACUGAGGAAAAUUGAACCCAAGAACAAAAAAUAAAAAUGGCAGAAUUUACAGGUUAUAAGGAGACUUCAAAUCGCCAUCUUCGAUUCAAGUUACAAAGUCUUGGCCGUCGUCUUGAUGAACUGGAAGAAGCAACAAAAAAUCUCCAGAAAGCGGAGGAUGAGCUUCUUGACCUUCAGGACAAAGUUAUCCAGGCAGAAGGCAGCAAUUCUAGUAUGCUUGCUGACGUAGAAGCUCUGAGAAAAAGAGUGCUGAAAAUUGAAGGCAAGGAUGAAGAAAUAAAAAAAGCUGAAGAGCUCUGUCAGCUGAUGAAGGAAAAACUGGAGGGGGAGGAAAGCCUCACUCGAGAACUUAAAUCAGAAAUUGAACGGCUUCAGAAAAGAAUGGCAGAACUGGAAAAACUAGAGGAAGCUUUCGGCAGGAGCAAGAAUGAUUGUACUCAGCUGUGUCUGAGCCUUAAUGAAGAAAAAAAUUUGACCAAAAAAAUAUCUACAGAGUUGGAAAUACUUAGGAUGAAAGUAAAAGAACUUGAAGCAUCUGAAGACAGACUGGAUAAAACUGAACGUAGUUUAGUAAGUGAGUUAGAAAAGCUGAAAUCUUUAACACUGAGCUUUGCUAGUGAAAGAAAACACUUCAAUGAAAGAGAAAAGCAGAAUGAAAAAUUAAUCCAGGAGCUAACACAAAAACUAGAACAAAACAACAAACUAAAUAGGGCAGAUCAAACUAGAAAUGCAUCAAACCUGCUAGAAAGAUCAUCAAAUAGUCUUCUGGAGAGAAAUGAUCUGAGAAUUGAAGAUGACUUGACAUCUGCUUUGCCCUCUAAAGAAGCCAGAAGAAAGGGAAGCUUGGAUUAUCUAAAGCAUGUAGAAAAUGAAACCAGAAAUAAAUCAGAAAAUCAAAAGAAUAAAAAUCAAGAAGACAACAAAGUGAAAGAUCUCAACCAAGAAAUUGAGAAACUUAAAACUCAAAUUAAACAUUUUGAAUCUUUAGAAGAAGAACUUAAAAAAAUGAAAGCCAAAAAUAAUGACCUGCAAGAUAGUUAUCUGAGUGAACAGAAUAAAAACAAGCUCCUGACUGGUCAAUUGGAAGAAAUUCAAAUUCAAAUUAAAAAACAAAAGGAUAUGGAGAAUGGUGAGGUGGAAAGUGAAGAAAUGAGCUUUCUCAGCAGAAUUAGACAUGACAGACCUAAAUACAGAGGUAACACGGCUGAGCUGGCAAUUUCAAAACACAAGUCACGGGAGCUUUCACCUCAGCAUAGACGGGAGAGAACACGGAACAGAGAGUUCUCUUCCAAUAAUGACAAUUAUACCACAAGCAGCAAGCAAGUUCCCAGUCCAAGUUUAAUUACUAGGAAAACGGCAAAGGCAUCUACUACAUCUGUUCUACUAGACACCAUGAUUAGUGAUACAAAAAGAAUGGAAGACAAAUCAGCAGUUGCUACAUAUUUAUCUAUGCAGAAAGAUAGUGGUGCCCCACAAAAUGAAGUGAAGAAAUCGAGAGAGCAGCCAUCUGUGCUGAGUCGAUACCCACCGGCUGCACAUGAGCACAAAUCUUGGAAAGCAUCUUCCAAACCUGGGAAUGAAAGUGGACUGAAGACCAAGAUUGAAAAGCCAUCUCAGACAUAUAGUGAUGUUUGCCAAGGUAACUCUGAUGCACUUGAGGAAAAAUCAAGCAAAGGAGAAAUGACUGUAUCUUUGACUGAAAAGAUGAAAAUAAGCCAAGCAGAGAUGUCUGAUCUAUGUGUAGAGAUACCCUUUAUGAAAAAUAAUCAUGCACCAUCGAAUGAAAUAGCUUCAUCAUAUAGAUACCAUAUCUCUUCUCAGAUGUUAGCAGCUGAAUCCACCAGCUCUAAAGCAGAAGCAGCAACAGUCUCUGUUUAUCUCAUAGACAGUCCAGAAGGGAGAUCUAAAAGAACAAUAAACUCCCAAGAAAGAGAAUUUACAGACACUUUUCAUGAAAAUACAAAGUCCCCAACUUUAUUAAAGUAUUCAAACAACUCAAGAAGUCAAGAAGACAUUUUACAGAUUCUCACAAGUCAAGGUAAGGAAGGAAUGGACCAAUCUGCACCAUCAGUUACAGGUCAGACAAAUGUUGGCAUAAAAUCUGAAUCUUUGAGAUCCAAAGCCAUCAAACCAGCUAGCUAUGAAAAACUUAGUACAGAUGAGAAGAUGGGUAAAAGCACCAAUGCUACUACUGAGUCAGAACUGGAGAUGAGAAAAAAACCCAGUUCCAGAGAAUUCUCAAGCUCCAGAGGAGGUCUCAGAGCAUCUCUCUUUGAAAAUGAUAAAAAUACUGGAAAUGAAGAUGACCCCCACAAAUCCAUAAAGACAUCUUCAGAUGCCCCCAGUGUGGGAUUGAAAUCCAGACGGUCAUUCAGCCCCAGAGAAGCUUUGAGAUCAAAAGCCAUCAUUAAACCUGUAAUAAUUGAAAAGGACAUGAAAGAAGUAAUGGGAGGGGCUGGGUCUGAAGAAUACUCUCAAAAACAGAAAUCUCUCUUCAAAACUGUGACAAAUAAAAUGACAAGCAGCAUAACAAUCUUCCCCUCUGAGCCAGCCAACACAAGGACCAACACAAAUGAAGCAGCAAAGGAAAGACAUACUUCUACCAGCAAUAUUAGAGUCACUCCAAAUGAGCUAUCAACCAUAACAAACAACAUCAGCACACCCUUUGAGAUCUCAAUUAAUAAGAGUGAUAUUGCUCUGAAAUUAUCUGAGGCAGAUAAAAUUGGGGACUUAGCUCUGAGAAACAGGACAGAAACACUAAUCUCAAGAAGCAGUAUUAUGAUAAAACCUUCUGAACCCAUUGAGAAGAACAGUUGUGAGCCAUCCUUAGAGACAAUCAGCUGGAAAAGCCCUGGGCCUUUAGAAUCAGAUUCACCAGAGACUAAACACAUCACUCUGAGAAGCUCUUGGAGGACAAGGCAGGGAUUACAAUCUUUGGAAGACUCUCAAAUCAAGGUGGAAAAAAAUACAGCUUCCAUUCGUACAAAGGCAUGCAAGUCAUCUACAGACCUCUCUGAAACGGAAGGGGCCAAUGCAAGAAUACAUUUACUUGAGCAGAAUUCAAGAAGGUCCAGGGCCACUAUUAAUUCUUGGAAUACUCCUGAAUUAGAAUUCAGAAGGACCCAAAGUAGCUUAAGUGCAUCUGAACUAUCUACUCGAAGGAGCUACAUCCAUGAUCCCAUCACUGCUUCUACUUGGAAUCGCACAACAUUACCAGAGGAAAGCAAAGAUUUUGUUCCCAGUUCCAGAAGAAAACAAUAUGGCUCUUCUGACCAGCUGUCCCAGACUGAGACUUCAGAGAAAAGGCCAGCCUCCCAGAUGGAGCUGCAGCGGCGCCCUGGAACUAGCCCCCAUGCACAGCUGGGCAGCAAGACAGAGGACCAGGCCAUUUCCCACUCCUCCCAGAUGACCUCUAGGAGAUGAACUUCUUUCCUUUCACCAAAUGGACACUCCAUUUCGUGGGGCAAGAGCCAAGGAUGUUACUAGCUGCAUGGGUGUCAUUCCUGCCUUGUAAAUGCAACGAAGCCUUCAUCUAGCCUGGAAUCUGUUUUCUGAUGUGAUUUGUGUGGGACAGAAGAUUAACCAGCACAUUUUCCUUCUCUGCCAGGAAGGUGGCUGCAGAGACUUCUCUCAGGGGAACCCCACUUCUCAUCUCUGGGCUGAGACUGGAUUUGUCUCCACAGGAAUAUAGGUCUGUAUCAGUAUGGAAACUCCUCUGGGUCCAUGGCCACUGCUUCUAUAGCCUGUUAUGGUACUUGCAGUACAAAAGAGAACCCUACAUUAACCACUGUAAUUUAUAAAGAACACUAGACCUACCCCAGUGGCCACAAUGCAACUGUCUCUCACAGCUGCUGAGCACAUCUGGUUUUUCAAAAGGAACCAAGUCCUUCCACAUCUGAAAGUUUUCAGUGUCAUGAUGAAAGUUUGCAUUAUUCUUAAUCUGCCUCUGCUAUUGCUCAGUCAAAAUACUUUGCACCAGGAAAGCACAUGAUUUCCAAGAACUCUUCAACCACAUGUAGGAGGAACGCAUUCACCCCAGGUCACAUCCCUGUGCAGAGAACAUUGCUUAGAGACCUUCUUCCCCAGGACUCCUGCCACAGGCCUGGCAUGCUUUACCACCCCAUUCCUCCUUGGCCAGAGAUUUGAUAAUACAAGGCUGUUUACUGAGCCAAGCAAAACAGCAAUGAACGCUUCCCCCAGCUUGGACCUGGCUGCCUUUCAACCAGAGCUCUCUGCUCCCCUCGGCCCCACCCACCCACCCUCCUCCCCCACCUUAGCUGCCAUGCACUAAGGUUCAUGAGUGGAGCUUUGCACCCUGCACUCGAAGGCAGAACCCUCCUCUCCAAGAGGGGCUUCUCUUCCUUCCCAAAAGGCACAAAUGAGCAUUGAGCUAAACUGGGAUUAAUAUGCUCAGGCCAUUCUCCAGCCCUGCCAGGAGCCAUCCUGUGCUUCUCCCUUCUGGCCAGAGGCUGUUCUACCUUCUCCCCACUACCCCUCUGGACAGGGGCUAUUCCAUGAAUCUCCCCAUCAUGCUUCAGGACAGGGUGGUUGCCUGAACCUUCCUGUCUCCCCUCUGGCCAGGCUGGGAGCCAUUCCACCCUGGCUAGGAUCCAGGCACAAUCAAAGAUUAUAGAAGUGUGUUUCCAAGGUCAAUGUCCUCAGCAGAAAGAGAUGGGGAGGGGAAGGGGACAGAAGCAGACUUCAUUGCAUUGGCUAUUAGUGCUGCAUGGCACCCACCUGGUCAGUGAGGGAGAAGGGGGUGCAGCAUGUCUCCCAACCAGAUCAGUGUGGGAGAGGGGAGGGGGGUUGCAGCCUGGCUCCCAGCCUGGUCAUUGCUGGGCGGGGAGAGGUGCAGCAUGGCUCCCAGCCCGGUCAGUGCGGAGGGCGGGGUGGGGAGAGGUGCUGCCUGGCUCCCAGCCCAGUCCAGUGAUCUCCUAGUCUGUUUGUUCUUGGGGAAGGCAGUUUGCAUGUGAAUCACAGACGGAUACAGAGCCCUCAUGUUCCCAUAGGCAACCCCAUCCCUGUCCCAUCUCCCCAUCCCCAACUCACAUAUAGAAACAGCUGCUCCUUUCCUCAGAACUCUCCUUUAGCCAUCAGGAGUGGCUGCCCCACUCCAUAGGAGAUCACCAGUGGGCCCAGCCAAUCCAGGGGCUGGGGUUAGGGAGGGAAGCUGGAGCAAUAAUAGGACUCUACUGAGCCCUUAUCUUCUGCACCCACCUAGCCCCCGGGCACUGUAACUGGGGCAUUCUGCACUCAGGCCCAGGGAGGAAGGAGUCCCUGUCAGGUCCCAGGAAACAACAUUGCCUUCCCCUCACGCUUGCCACUGGGUCUCCCCAGCACCUGGAAGCCAUGGAGGAGCUCAGCCUGGGAGGCUGCUGGGUAAGGGCCAGUUCACUCAGAGCCCCUGUGCUUGGCCUAUCCAAUGCAAUGUGAGGGGAGGAUUCAUUGCCUGACAUUCAUGCCCUCAGCCCCACACCAGGAGAGCUGAGCUCAUUUUGUGGCUGCCUCCUGCCCAUGCUGCAACCUCGUAUGGUAAGGACAGCAGAGCCAAGCAUGCCCCGAUGACAGGAGUGUCCUGAGCCUAAGUCGUUGUGGCCAAGAGAGGGGGUGAUCUGCUCCCAGAACAAAUAUCUUACUACAUGACAUCUCAGGGCUUCCCUGUAAGACUGUUAGCCUCUGGGGAGCAGCCUGCUGCAGACACAAGUCUGUGGUGCUACACUGCAGACUGGCCCAGCUGUGGGGCUCAGACCCUGGGGUCUGUUUGACACUCUCCCUCACACCUUAUGUAGCACACCAAUUCCCCUUGGGGACCACUGCUCCAGUCCCUCUCCUUUACACCAUCUGCUGGGCAAAAGGAGUCCUGCAGACUCCUCCACCUUCGCUUUGAGGCAGCUGCAGUAGGCUCUUCACCCUCUGCUGGUAGGACACCAUUGCAUAUAACAGUUUCCUCUCCACCCUCUCACAGCCACCACGAACCUCUACUGAAAGGGAACGAGGCUGGAACUCAGUGUUUGUUGACAGUGUUAAUGCUCCACACAAUUGACAUGUUUGGCCCUUCCAGGGGUGCGGAGGGAGGGUUUAGCCUUCACUUGCCUUCUUUCCUUUUAAGCUGGGCACAUCCUGUCCCAUCACACCUGGAAGCAGCAGUUCAGAACUCUGAACACUCUGUACCAUCGCUGGACCCAAAUUCCCAAUGUACCCCACAGGAGACAGCACUUUGUGAGCAGUAAGGAAGAAGUGCUCCCCAGGCCGGCCAGCCGGACUAGCAGCACAACCACAUCUGGAUCAUGGCUGGUUUCAUUCUCUUGGGAAGGGUGAUUGCACUUUUGUGUUAACUCUGCUCUAAGCAUAGUCAAAGUCACAGUACAAGGCUUUCUUUGUAUGCUGGUAAAAGACCAAUCCUUCCUCUUUACCUCUUUCCCCCUUACUUUCCCAAGGUUCAUGGCUAAAAUUUCAACCGUGCUGAAGUAACUUUGAAGCCUAAAUCCCACUGCUAUCACUGGACCUCGUCUCCGCAGUGAGUUGGGCUAUGUCAUCUGUGGUAAAUGGCUCACUGGGCACCAGCAGCAUGUGAGCCCAUCCUCCAAAGGCUUGUUCUUCUGCCAUUGUGCCUCUGUCCCAGUCCAUGCACUACCUUGCUGCUGGCUGAGCCUGCCCCUCUGUGCAGGGUUAGAGUAGCUCUCUGAUCCUUGCCAUUCAUGCAGGGAACUAGCUGAACCAUUCCCAUGGCCACCAAGGGGCAUUAGCCUGCUGUAGCUCAUCCCAGCUUCAGUGAAGGUGUCUGUGCUGUGGCUGUUCCCCUGCUGGACGCCUUCUCGGUGCCCUCGAGGUUCACGUACCCAGCAUAGACUCUGUGGUUCCUUCCAAGCCUUUCCUCAUUCCCACCCUGCCUCAGCUAAGUACAGGGCUGCCACUGGCUGUUUCCAAGGCAUUCAUUUCACUCCUUACUGGGGCAGCUUUGAGGUCACCAGAUGCCAGUCGUGUACCCACAAGUCCCUGCCUUGUCCUCUAGCCCUCACAGGCUCCCUCUCUAAGAUGCUGUGCAGCAAAGUCAUUUUGGCCUUGAUCCAAUGAAACUCUUAAGUAUGUGCA